ACAACUGUUUUUUAUGUACGAUAUGUUCAUUUCAGAGACUAGAUGUUUGUCUAUGGAUGGGACGCUCGCUGUGGUAUGAUGUAUCAGACGAACCAUUCCAUUUGAACAACGCCACCUAUCAGCUUAUUCUUCAACUAAGUCGACAUACCUGAAUAGUGUUUGAAAAAACACCUGUCUGCAUGUGCGAUAACCAACUUCCAUGUAUGGGAAAUAUGUGAUCCUUCAUUCAGUAUUUAUGAGGAUGCAUGAAUUUGAGGAAUCUCGCUGUUACCGUGAAAACAUAUACUCAACACACUGACGUACAACCUUGUCAAUUAUUCCCUGUCAUUGCCAGGGGAUGUCGUGAGAUUUUUAUCGAAAAACAAAAAAUGUCCCCGAAAAUUGUUAAAAAUAAUAAUAAUUAUGCUUCAUGUUGUUGGAAAAUAUACUGUUGCAAUGUGCUUUUUUUAAAAAAAAAAAAGAGAAGAAAUAUUUUGGUUGAUUAAAGAAAGGUUUUAAGGAAUGUGUUUUUUAAAAACAAUAUUUUGGUUGAUAGUUAUAAUUAAAGAAAUAUCUGGUUUUGCAGCUACAGCUGACUAUCUGGUCUCAAUACAAAAAAAGCUAGUCUAUAUUAUCCGCCGAAACAGAUUCCAUUUGGCGUAAAAGGCAAAACAAACUAUGAAAAUGAUAUGACUGGACCAGUGAAAAUAAGUGAUGACACCAGGUGUUCGCGAAAAGGGUAAGCAUGUCCUGCCCUUCCCAUACUUUGCAUUAAAAGUAAGAAUAUAUUACCUGACUCACGUUGUGUACAAGUCGUUAUAAGUAUAGAGAGGCUAGACCGACGGCACCAGGGCACGAUGACACGCGGUUGAUCAAGUCUGGCUGCCCGACCCACGUUGUCAGGCUCUUACAACAAGCAGCAGCCAGGUCCGACAAGCACUGUCUGAACUUAUAAACCUACUGCCACUGUUGCCAAUUGUAUUGUAGAUAUAUUUCUGUCUCAUUAACCUCUGAGGAAGUUUCACUAUUUCCAAGUACGAGCUCAUCCUGCGUGUGAGGUUUCAAUUUUUAUCUCCAAAAGCCAGGAUUAAAGAUUCUGAAAUGCUUGAAACAACAGGGAACACGAAACGAAAAUCCACUGGAAUGAGACAGUUACGCUACAGUGGCUCCCUCAGGUAAACCCAGAAUGUAUGGUCGACAAACACCUAUCAGAUCUACAUCAACUGCAAAGUCUGUCUCCAAAGCAGAUGGGCAAUUAUGUGGAUCUUCGUCAAAAUCUUCAGCUACCAAGAUACCUCAAGUGAAAUAUCCCCCACGGUCUAAGGAGGAUAAACAUGAACUAUCACCUGUGAAAGACACAAAACACCCAACGGCUUCAAGUACCCAUGCAAAGAAAGAGAGAAGUGAACUUAAUUCAAAAUUACGAGUGUCAAAACAAGAUGACACACAUCCCCUUUUCCCAUCUGAUAAGGUCAAACUACCCAAAGUAAAAUAUCCUCCCCGGACAAAGGAGGAAAAACGUGAACUAUCAUCUGUGAAAGACACAAAACAUCCAGUAAUAUCAGCUUCAAGUUCUUGGUCAAAGAAAGAGGAUAACCAAAUCAGGCCAAAAUUUGAUCAUUUAAAUGUCUCUCCAAUGAUAGAAGAUGAAAAUAAACUAACCACAGCACUAUUGAAGGAGAAAUGUACGACGACGAGGCAUAGACGUGCUAAUUCUAAUCGUCUUGUUAAAGCAAAUGUGUCUUUGCCGGGAAAUAAUAAUGACUGUUUACUAACCAGACAAUCAAAGACGGCAGGGAAAGUUGAACAUGAAGAAGAAACUGCUGGGGAUUCAACAACAAAAGGGCAACCACAAAGAGAAUGUGGAGAAGAAGAAAUGUUUUCAACCUCAGGAGUGGACCUGCCUUUUUCGUUUAAAAAUAAUUCUUUUCUACAUAGUGUUUUCAAACCUGUUAUUUCAUUUUGCAUCGAAAAUACAUCCAGGAUCUCAGUUUUUGUCCGGAGAAUUAUUAUUUAUUGCAUUUCAAAGUUAACUUUUCAGCAUUUUUCAGACCAAAUUCAAGGGAAAUCCACUGAUAAAAUGAAAUCAUGUGACCAUAAGGUUACUAAACUAUCAACUACCAAGUCACAAAUAUGUCUUAAGCAGGACUCUUGGCAGUUGGCAAGAAGUUUUGAAAAAACAAAAAUAUGUCAUUCACAGAAGACAUUCACCAGACACAAACACUAUAACCUUGACACAUCAAAGAUGGAUGCAUUGGUCAGUGGAAUGGUAGACAGACAUAUCAUUCGCAACUCUGACAAUCCAACAAGGGACAUCAAGUAUUUUUUUGAAAAUGAAGUUAAGAUGGAGCAGAGGGACAUCCAGCCGGCGUUGGUGCACUAUAAAUGGUUGAGAGAAAAGAUUGUUGGACGAUUAAACAGUGAGAUGAACUUUGGGACAUGGAAGGUUUGCAAUGCAGGGUCGCAUUUUGAUGGCACUAAGGUGGCUCGACCAAAUGAAAUGGACUGCACAAUGUUCCCAAUUCUUCAGACCAAACUUGAGGCUGUGUUUGAUGACACCUGCAAAGCUGGAGCCUGCAAGGUGAAGGUCAUCGGGGAUGUGGAUGACCACGAGGAGGAUCUCCGGCUAUUCCUUGAUGGAGGCUUUGUUAACUCUAAAAAGUUCAGGAAAUACGUCUUUGAGAAGCUUGAACGUGUUCUUGAGAGUGAUAGAAAGUUAAAGGAUGCUCGCAAGUUCAAAGAUUCACAGUCUUUUGCAGUCAGGUAUGAGGGUAUUCCAUCUGAUGAAGGGAUGAAAAGUAUUGACAUAGACUUUGUGCCAUCCUUAAACAUUAAACCCUGGCCUAGAAAGAACGUUUCCCGAGACAUCACAGACAUUCUCCCAGACCAACGGAAACGUACAGCUGCAUCAAUUAAGAAAUAUGGAUUCAAUGCAACACCGAAGUUCUGGUAUCAAGCAAAAGAUCCAGACCUCCUGUGGCAAGUUUCCUUUUCCUAUGCAGAGAAGGCCAUCACUAAACAUGCUGACAAGAUUUCUUGGAAACCAUCACUUAGAACAUUGAAAAGAGUCUUGGAAAUUGCAAAAGGCAACAGUGAUUGUUGUGCCAAGGGUAACAGUCCAGAACUCGUGCAGAUCCAGGAAGCAGUGAGAUAUGUCAAGGAGCAUAAUCCUAAACUGCGUUCCUCCCGACUGACGACAUACCACAUCAGAACACUCAUGUGGUGGCAGCUGUAUGAUCUUACAGCAGGGGAGCACGUAUGGAGGCAGGAAACAAUGGCUGCAAGAUUCCAGGACUGUCUCCGGAAGUUCCAGAAGAUGAUGACAGGGGAGAUAGUGGUGCCACACUUCUUCCUACCCCAGAUCAAGAACAUCUUACCGUGGAUACCAGAAGAGGAGAGGGUAUUUCUCUAUGUCAUAGCAAAGGCAACUGAGGUUGUGUUCACACAAAAAAAAUGACCCUCAAACUUGAUUCAUUAUAAAAAAACUGUUAAGUCAUUGCUAUAUAUUUGUCAGUCCAUCUUCAAGGUACAGAGGAGAAAAUGAAAACAAACAUAAUUUUCAUUUGAGUUUUUCUGCUCGUGUUUUGUCAAGCCCUGUCUACUUUAGUACAUUGAAAGUUGAAAUAUGGAAUUGUCCUAUCGCCAGAUUCUUUACUUGAUAAUUUUUAACUUCUCCAUUUUAUAUCCUUCUCUAUAGUUUUUGUCCAGUUACAAAGCAAAUUGAGGAUAACAGAUUUAACAGCAAAAAUAACUGUGUACAAUUACACUGUUUUUUUUAUAAUAUUGUUACUGUGUGUCAGUCAUACCAGGGAGUGUAGAAAAAGGGGACUCGGAACUGGUCCCUUUCCACCAUAUGUUUGAGUUGCAAUGUCUCUGCACAUCGACACGUCUCUCUCCGCGUCUCUCCCACAUUCAGUGAUUUUGCAUUUGUUAAAAGUUGUCCAUUUACAUUUAGAUUUGACGCUUCACAAGAUGAGAAGCUGUAACUAAAUAAACUAAAGCCCACAAAGCCUUCUUGUAUUCGGUCUCCCUUUGUAUCAUGCGAGUGUGACAAAUCCUGUUAAAGUGAUUCAUGAAAUGCUUUUAUUGUAAUCACCCUAGAAGACAGGUCUAUUUCGAAAUGAGUAUUAGAAACACACGACAUUUCUUAAUUAUAACUUUUUUAAGUCAAGACAAAUUGUUAGUCAUGUUAGCAAUUAUAUAUACAGUCACUUUUGUAAAUUGCUCCAUUAGUCACCGUCUGGCCAUACUGUCUUGGACUAUCAACUGUACCAUGAGCCCUGGUGUACACAAGUCCUGAAUAAAGAAUAUGUCAGUAAAAGUUUUGUGACUCCAUAUUUGUACACCAUGGCGUAUGAAACGUUCACGCGUAGCCUCCUAAAUUUAAAUUUCUUUGGCAAUAAUUAAUCUUUGUGAAAGAGAGCUUUAUAGAAUGUCCAUUUUACCAAACUGCAUGAAAUAUGAUGUUUCAUAGCACUGAAAUUGGUAAAAACAAGCUCUUUUAUUGCUCUGUGAAGCUCCGUGAAGAUAAAUAUGAAGAUUUGUUCAAAUGUAAUUAUCGUUUUUCUACACUUGAAAAAGUGCUCUAGAACUACCUGGUUUCUUUUAAAACAUGUUCACGACAAAGUGCGUGUCAUUGUGCAUUGUAAUAAUCAUGUUCACAUGUCUGUAUUUUGGGCCAUUGGCCUUUUACUGAAUAAACAUGUCUGUCUGUC